AUGCUAGUGCUGAGAGCCCUGGAAUUCCUUGUUUUGGGGGUUUUACAACUAGCUUGGGCCGCCUCCGUUCAAAACGAAGGUGCCAUUCAAGGAUGUAAACCAACGAUUCUAACUUCUGGGUUUUCUGUCACCUACUACAGUAUGCCGAUCCGUGUCGGCAAAAGCCCCUGCUACGACCCAGUUUACUCAGAUGCGGCGUAUCUGCAUGGUGGUUACGAGACAUACGGAUACGGCAAACAGGGUAGCUCCAAUGGCGUAACCGAUCUGACUUUCGAUACUGGCAAAUUGGGUAGCUCUUGUGGUACCUACAAACAGUAUCUGCCCAGCAACUACAACUAUCCGAAUCUUCUGACGGUCAGUAACUUUUCUAUGCUGGUAACAGGAUACUUCUUGCCACCCGACAGUGGUACGUAUCUCUUCGAUCUUUCGUACGUCGAUGACUUGGCAUACAUUAAUGUGGGUGCUGGCAACGCUUUUAACUGUUGUCAAGUAGGAGAAACGGUAUCAGACCCAGGUCCCUUCACUCUAUUCGCGAAAUGGCCAUCAACAUCCAACAGUAUCAGUGUAGAUUUGAUAGCAGGUGUCUACUAUCCAAUCCGUCUCUUUUUCGUCAACAGAAACUACAACGGUGGAUUGAAGUUCUAUUUCAACGACCCUAGCGGAGUUCAGCACACGGACUGGGCAACCUACAUCUUUUCCGCGCCAGAUGGUCCUAACUGUGAUUUGCCGCCCGACCACACCACGUUACCAUGGACGGGAUCUAGUACAACUUCCUACACUACCGUUUCUACGUUCACUAAUUCGCUGGGACAGCUGACAACAAACAAUGUUAUUGUCGAACAAGACCCCAGCACUUAUCAAUCGUCGUCUUUUUCGACAAGAGCAUAUAGCGGUCUUGAAACAACGACAUAUUCCACAACGCUUGUCACUGUGACCGGAAGUGAUGGUUACCGAUCUGUCGAUACGGUGUUUUACGUCGAGACUCCGACCGUUGGCAUCAGCUCCACCUUUGCCACAGGCUGGUCGGGCUCAGUCACCUCGACUUACUCAACUGAGUUGACCACCUUCACCGGCUCUGACGGUAUCCCAACCACAGAAACCAUCUACUAUGUUGAGACUCCAAUUGUUGGUACCAACUCUACCUCCACAACAGGAUGGACUGGUAGUGUCACUUCGACUUUUUCAACAGGCGUGAAAACUUUCACAGGGUCUGACGGUGUUGCUACCACCGAGACAAUUUACUACGUUGAAACUCCAAUUGUUGGUACCAACUCUACUGCUGUCACAGGCUGGACUGGAUCGGUGACUUCAACCUACUCUACCGAGCUGACUACUUUCACCGGAUCCGACGGUAUCCCAACCACGGAGACAAUCUACUAUGUCGAGACUCCAAUUGUUGGUAUCAACUCUACUGCUGUCACAGGCUGGACUGGAUCGGUGACUUCAACCUACUCUACCGAGCUGACUACUUUCACAGGGUCUGACGGUGUUGCUACCACCGAGACAAUUUACUACGUUGAAACUCCAAUUGUUGGUACCAACUCUACUGCUGUCACAGGCUGGACUGGAUCAGUGACUUCGACAUACUCUACUGAAUUAACAACCUUCACCGGUUCCGACGGUAUCCCAACCACGGAGACUAUUUACUACGUCGAGACUCCAAUCGCUGGCAGUAACUCCACUGUCGUUACUGGCUGGACUGGUUCAGUGACCUCUACCUACUCUACCGAGUUGACAACCUUCACCGGUUCUGACGGUAUCCCUACCACAGAGACCAUUUACUACGUCGAGACCCCAAUCGCUGGCAGUAAUUCCACUGUCUUUACUGGCUGGACCGGUACUUUCACAUCCACAUACUCCACUGGGGUGAACAUCAUCACUGGAUCUGAUGGCAAGGUGACUACCGAUACCAUCUACUAUGUUGAGACUCCAGAAAUCGCUUCAACUUCUUACGCUCCAUGGACCGGCACUUUCACGUCCACGUACUCCACUGGUGUGGACACUAUCACUGGAUCCGAUGGUAAGGUGACUACCGAGACAGUUUACUUCGUUGAAACACCUGAGAACGCGAGAAGCUCGUACACUCCAUGGACCGGUACUUACACAUCUACUUACUCCACCGGUUUGAACACUAUCACUGGAUCUGAUGGCAAGGUGACUACCGAGACCGUCUACUAUGUUGAGACUCCAGGAGUCGCUUCUACUUCUUACACUCCAUGGACUGGCUCAGUGACUUCAACCUACUCUACCGGAGUAACUACAAUGACUGGCUCUGAUGGUACUCCAACCACACAGACCAUCUACUAUGUUGAAACUCCUGAGAAUGCGAGAAACUCGUACACUCCAUGGACCGGUACUUUCACAUCCACAUAUUCCACUGGUGUCAAUACCAUCACUGGAUCCGAUGGCAAGGUGACUACCGAGACCAUCUACUAUGUCGAAACUCCAGAAGUCGCUUCAACUAUCUACACUCCAUGGACCGGUACUUUCACGUUCACUUACUCCACUGGUGUGGACACUAUCACUGGAUCCGAUGGCAAGGUGACCAUCGAGACCGUCUACUAUGUAGAGACUCCAGAGGCUGCUUCUACGUCCUACACUCCAUGGACUGGUUCUUUCACAUCCACGUACUCCACUGGUGUGAGCACGGUCACCGGCCCAGACGGCAAGUUGACUACUUCCACAGUAUACUAUGUUGAGACUCCGAGAUACGGGUACUUUAAUACAACCACUCAGCAAACGUACCCAGGGAGACACUCUUCUAACACGGGAAUGAAUUCCGAUCAAACGUCGUCAACCCUGUCAAGCAUUGUGAGCUCUUCGACGUUGUCGACUGUUGUAGCCCCUUCUGCUCCAUCAAGUGUUGUUCCUACUUCUACGCCUGCUCAGCCAGGUGCGUCUAGCGAGGGCACCAAGACUUGGGUCCUCCAGCCAUCAGAAAAGGCUUCAUCGCCCCAUACAGCUUCCGAAUCAACCGAUCCUACCUUCAGCAGCUCUGAGUCAAAGACUUCAAGCGUAAUGACAAGCAAAACAUCGGAAUCUUUGGAGACUGUCACGACCUGGAACGGUGUCACAGUGACCACAACAGUUUCUCCUACCAAACCCAGUACGGCUGGUAAUGGUGUCGGCACUAGCUUCAAAAAUGCUGUCACUGGCACAGACGAGGGCAAUUCGCCCGCUAGCAGUGGCGGUAGCAGUCCUAAGAAUGGCCAAGCCACUUCGAGUGCUCUUGCGUCGGGCACAAUUUCUGGUGGUGAAGGGGCCAGUUACACGACCCCUCCUACAGCUAAGGUGCCUGGCUCUGACACAGGUUCAAGUACAGCUACUCCCCAAAGCUCUGACAACGGCACAGCGUCUGGGAAUGCAGGCAGCUUUGAAACUGCCGUCACUCAAGCCACGCAAACUGGUAGCUCAUCAGCUUAUGAACCAUCUGCGUCGAGAAAUUCUGCGUCUGCGUCUGCGCCUGCGUCUAAUGGUGUGAAAACGACUGGUAAGCCUGUUGGCUCGAUGCAAAGCGGUUCAGGUGCAAGUCAAACUCACAACCCCAGCGCAGGCCCAAGUAUUUCUACCUAUCAAGGUGCGGCCAACAAGUUGGGCGUAGGACUGCUAUUGGCGCUACCUCUUGCAUUGAUCUAG